AGCUGAUUUACAUCCUGACUUUACAGCCUCUCCGAUGGCAGUACCAUAGAAAAAUUAGAUAGCUCGUUCCUACUCUCUUCUGGGUUGGUUGGGGAAAAAACAUGAAACGAUAUUCCAUUGGUUGUCUUAAUUCUAUUGACUGCCAACUCAGCCAAUAGUGCCGCAUUAGGUGGGACACGAAGAUCGUUCGGGCAGGCUCGUGGCCGAAGUGAUUCGAAAAAUGUAACUGGUUGAAGACGAAAAGGCGUUGCAAGAUAGUCAACCUCACAACCUGGUUUAAUUCAACCGAAAAUCAUUCGUAUAGGGUUAGAAAUUGCUUGUCAUAUUCGCAGCGAGAUAUGACUACACGUAAAGCUACCGAAUGAAACAAGAUUCAAAGCUGUGUUCCUUUCUUCCAAAGUGAAUGUCAUUACAUUUUGAUGGAAAAGCUAACGCUAGGUGGCUAACCUAGCUGGCUAGUUAGGCAUCACAGCUAGCUAGCUUUCCAGUAAGUUACCUUGCUAACUACCCAUAUACACUGGAUGGCAAACAUUAACAUAGCUAGCUUACGUUAGGUGGGCUAUGUGUUUACUCUGACAAUAUUCAGUACAGAGUGAACAAAAUGGACUGAUCAAAUAUCAACAUCCCAUCACAGGAGAACAGAAGAAAGGUAAUUUCUGUUUCUUUUGGACGACGUUGAAGAAUUGGAGUGCCUCUCAGCAACCCCUCCCAGUCACGAAAGAGCAUCUGUCUUCUCCGGCAGGCCGUGGCGUCCUCACAACUCCAUCGUGCUGACCUGUUGGACUUAUCGCUCAUGUAAGGGAUUACCUCCAUCUCUCUCACACACACGUACACACCGACAGGCGGAAGGUCCCUGAGGCACCGCGGAACCCUUUUCUCCUAAGUGCUCCUGUUGCCUACAUUAUUAACCCAAGGGAAGGAGGUGUUGGAAUGGCUCAGGGCGUUCUCCCAGAAGUGCACCUUAUCCAGCCGGUUACAUAACCGCCCCCCCUCUCUCGACGUGUCGUCCACUGGCUUGCUAGGAGAAAACAGCUGGGCUUGACCUAAACUCGCACGCUUGGAGCUGACACACCAAGAGGAAAUCCUCACCCACUCCCCAGAGGACUGGCUGUGUUCCCUCUUUGUUUGUUUUUUUGUUUAGGACUUUUUUUUUCCUGUGUGCUUUUCCUUCCUUCUUUGUUUUUAAGCCAAAUUCAAAGUUCACCUCAUCUGUCUCCAUAACGGAAAAAGAACCCUCAGCUCACCUUAAUUUGCCCCUGGUUUUGGAAGAGUGUGUAUGUGUGUAUUUAAAGAGCUCUGUGUUAGGAGGACGAUGGCGACAGAGGGUAGUGCCUAGAGACUGACACCCUUCCUCUGCCUUACUCUCCGCAGUCUGCAGCAAAGGCCAGCCUAGUCUGUGGGCUCAACAGCUGACUGCCCCCCAUGAAGGUUGAGUGGGCCUUGGGAGUCUGUUAGGGCCCCUCUAGUCCUCUGCAGAGUGCUGGGGCCUGCUCUCCUGCUCUCCUGCUCUCCUGCACACUGCCUGAGGUGCCCCCUGUGAGUGCAGCGGCUGUGGAGCUUGUUCAUUAGUCACACUUCAGGCUGAUAGAUUGGGGAAUGAGUCAUCAUCGAACAAGCAGAACUUGGGAUCCAUCCAGAAGCGACCUAAAGGUUUCCGGACCACUUACUUAACUGGGAGACUGAGAGACUUGAGUUCUGUUUUGGUUUGGGUUUUUUUUUUUUUUAUCCGAUUUUUAUGUGUACAAAUGGAAAGCAACCCCAACUGCUGGAACAGUUGUUCAUACCAAAACUGCUCUAAUUUUUCCAGUGACUGAGCCUUGUUUUGUUAUUUUUUUAAAUUACAAUUUUACCUAAGUUGUAGACGGACUGGAGUGGGAAGACCCAUCCCUUAACAUCCAAAGUCAUUCAUUCAGUGCUUUCUGUUUGUGUCUCUUUACUUGUCUCUCUCCGCCUCUAUUUACCCUCUUGUUUCUUAUAUCCUGCACUCCACCUUUCUUGUGUACCAAAUAUUGGUUCCUGUAGGUCAAAGCCCCACAAGUACACAGGCCAAGUGCUAUUGAUAGCGCCUCAGGAGCCUAGCGCUAGCAUUAAUCAUCGUCAGCUCCACCGGUGUCAGUUGCCCUCUACCUCUCUACUUGUCUUGGUACUGUAAGUCACUCAGCAGAACCAAAUCAGCUUGCUCAGUGUUUGCUGUCACUACCGUUUUUAAUCGUUAUUGUUUUGUAUUACACAAGACAUAUAUGAGACUGUAGUUCCAGGUGUGACACAGAUGUUUGAGCAUUGUUGCAUCUUAAUUGCUGACAGACAUAGAUCCCCAGAACUCUCAGACCCACCUACUUGCUAGGAAGAGACAUGUUUUUCUAAUUCAUCCAGCAUUUAGGACUGAGUGAUUUUUGCCUAAGUGUAUCAGUUAUUUUCAAUGUUUUAUUUUUAAAACCAAAAUAUUCUAAUUUAAGCCAUAUUGCAGAUAUCUUUUGUUAAAUUGCCAUUGAACUAUUCUUUUUUCACUAAGCCUUUUUUUACUUUUAUCUUUCUUUAUUUAGUGCACUUGUCACCAAAAACAUUAGUCUGUCGCAUGUCAGCCAUUAAAGCAGCUCAGCUAUCGGAGCUGUCCUAUGAAUCGCUCCUGCCAAGCUCAAAUCUAAUACCUACCUAAUCCAUGGAGAGGUGUUGCCUCUCAUUGAUAUACAAGCCCUACGUCUUUGUUUUUUUUCUUCUUUAUUAACUGAGUACUCUAAUACUCAACUGGGCCUUGAUAUUUAAAUAGGGAAAAGUCCCCCUCCUGCCUGCAUUUCUCUGUCUUUGUUGCUAUUCUAUCUUUCUAGUCAUCCCACCUUGACCAUGCAAAAGCCCCCGACCCGAUGUAGAGGGGGGCGGCUUGUGCUCCCUCUCUAACCAUUUAGUGUUUCCUUUCUCUGCGCCUCUUGUUCUCAAUCUCAUCUCUGUCCUUGGUCCACCCACACGCUCCCACUGCAGGCGUGCGUGUGUGUGUGUGUGGCUGUUUGGUCAGGUGUAGGUGAUGGCGGGUGGCAGUAAGAGUGGAGGGGGUGUGGCCGGCCCCUCUCCCCCGCCACACGCCUCGGUUCCACACCGACCCUUCAGGCCGAGCCGCUAUGUGCCCGUCUCCGCGGCGACUGCCUUCCUGGUCGGAUCGACCACGCUCUUCUUCUGCUUCACGUGUCCGUGGCUGACGGAGCAGUUCUCUGUGGCGGUGCCCAUCUACAAUGGAGUCAUCUUCCUCUUUGUGCUGGCCAACUUCUGCAUGGCCACCUUCAUGGACCCUGGCAUCUUCCCCAGAGCGGACGAGGAUGAGGAUAAGGAGGAUGACUUCCGAGCUCCCCUCUACAAGACGGUUGAGAUCCGGGGGAUUCAAGUGCGCAUGAAGUGGUGCUCCACCUGCCGUUUCUACAGGCCCCCUCGCUGCUCCCAUUGCUCCGUCUGUGACAACUGUGUGGAGGACUUUGACCACCACUGCCCAUGGGUAAACAACUGCAUCGGGCGCAGGAACUACCGCUAUUUCUUCCUGUUCCUACUGUCGCUCACCACACACAUCAUGGGCGUGUUUGGCUUCGGCCUGCUCUUCAUCCUCUAUCACACACAGCAGCUCGACCAUGUGCACUCCGCCGUCACUAUGGCGGUCAUGUGUGUGGCAGGGCUGUUCUUCAUCCCGGUGGCUGGCCUCACUGGCUUCCACAUUGUGCUGGUGGCACGAGGCAGGACCACCAAUGAGCAGGUAACAGGGAAGUUUAGAGGGGGUGUGAACCCUUUCACUAAUGGCUGCUCGAGGAACAUUUCGCACGUGCUCUGUAGCUCCCAGGCACCAAGGUACCUGGGCAGGAAGAGGAAGCCUACAGCACUGGCGGUGCAGCCGCCCUUCCUCAGGCCGCAGCUCUCCGAAUCUCAGCUCAACGCUAAGGUGCUCGACAACGGUAUCUUGGGCGACAUGCACCGGGUAAGAGGCCUGAAGCCCACUGUGUGUAGCGAGAUAUAGUCAGACAAAG